CUAAAAUUGGUUUCGUGAUGAGGAAAAGUGAAGGAGCACGGCGUUGCGAUCUGUUGUCUUGUCUUCUUUGGAAAAAUCACAGGGCUCAUUCUGCCUUCUCAUUGCAUACAACUGAGGGACACGAAUCUGAACUCAUUUUGCUUCAUGAAAUUAAAUAAUUUGACUUUUUUCUCAAAAGGAGACAUGGUCGAUUGAAGAUUAGGCCAAAAACAGAUUUAACCCAAUAUUUUUUUUCCCCUAAUAGUAAUGGAUUCUAUCAUCACUUCCACUGACUUCCAAAGUAACUGGACAACCAACUCCACUGCACAGAAUGAAACCGAGAUAUACUGGAACCAGUUUGUGCAACCGGUUUGGAGAAUAGUGCUCUGGGCAGUGGCUUACAGCACAAUUGUCAUCGUCUCCGUGGUGGGCAAUAUCACGGUGAUAUGGAUCAUUUUGGCGCACAAACGCAUGAGAACCGUGACGAACUAUUUCCUCGUGAACUUAGCAUUCGCUGAAGCGUCAAUGUCCGCAUUCAACACCGUUAUAAACUUUGUCUACUCUGUGCACAAUGAAUGGUAUUUCGGACUCUAUUACUGCCGAUUCCACAACUUCUUUCCCAUAGCCGCCGUCUUCGCUUCUAUAUAUUCAAUGAGCGCGAUUGCACUCGACAGAUAUAUGGCCAUCAUUCAUCCCCUGCAGCAGAGGAUGUCUGCAACUCAGACAAAGGUGGUCAUCGGGGUCAUCUGGGUGCUGGCUCUUCUGCUGGCCUUCCCCCAAUACUACUACUCCGACACGGACCAGCUGCCCGGCAGGGUGGUCUGCUACAUCGACUGGCCUGAGUACACUGUCCUCGACUUCAAAACGAUGUAUUUUGUGUGUGUAGCAGUGCUGAUUUACUUCUUACCUCUCCUGGUGAUGGGCUGUGCUUACCUGGUGGUGGGUUUGACUCUGUGGGCCAGUGAGAUCCCAGGAGAUUCAUCUGACCGUUAUCAAGAGCAGCUGAACGCCAAACGCAAGGUGGUGAAGAUGAUGAUUGUGGUGGUCUGUACGUUCGCUGUUUGCUGGCUCCCCUAUCACGUCUAUUUCCUGAUUCACCAGUUCUACCCGCAUCUGUUUGAGCAUCCCUUCAUUCAGCAGGUCUAUCUGACUAUCAUGUGGCUGGCAAUGAGCUCCACUAUGUACAACCCCAUUAUCUACUGCUGCCUCAAUGACAGGUUCCGUGCCGGAUUUAAGCAAGCAUUCCACUGCUGUCCGUGCGUCCCUGAGGGAUCCUAUGAGGGUCUAGAGCUCAAGUCCACCCGGUACCUUCAAACCCAGACCAGUUUGUACAGGGCCAGUCGAAUGGAGACCACCGUGUCCUGCGUGAUGCAGCCGUGUGAAGAUGGCCAGAAGGUCACGUUUGGGAGCAUCAGAGGGGCCGCUGGGAGGCCGGCAGUUCACAGCCCCUCCAGGGAGCUCACCUCCAAUGGCUCAUCCUCCCGUAGCAUCUCCAAGACCGUGUCGGAGACCUCCAGCUUUUACUCCAGUAACAACCUUCAAGAAUGAGAGCGCAAAAGCACAAGAGUCAAGGAGACCGAAUGCCACUAUUUUUGCAGAGAUGUAAUCGUUUGACGAAUCCUCUUCUGUCGUCCCCCCAGUGUAAAUCAUGAGGAUUACCUUGAGUCUGUGCAGAUGUGUGUGUUUUAGCUGGUUGAGUACACACACGCUAAGCGUUUUUAAUUUCAAACGAUCCUUCAUCUUUCACUUUUGUCACAUUCUACUCAUGAGGUUCAUAAUUAUUAUUAGAGGAACAUUUACAUUGAUUUUUUUUUGGAAAUGCUUUCUUACCAAAUUGAUGUUAAUGACAUGUUGCUUUGUGCUGGCUUAAAUGAGAGCCUGAUUGAUUGAUCCUGCAAUCACUGAAGACAUUUUAAAGGUUUACAAUAAUGGACAUGUGAUGUAGUGGAACAAUGAGUCAUUAUACUGUAAAUAUUGAAUAUGACCACUUAUAUUGGUCUAUCGACUAUACCUGAGUAUAAGAGGAAUAGGAAUAGGUUCAAAAAUAUCAACGAAGGUACCCCUCUUAAUCCCCCGAGUCUCUAAAAAUGGCCCACCUGGUACAAAUGAUACCUGAGCACAUGUCGUUUCUUCAGUGCUUUAUCUGCAAAUGGGAGAUUACUGCAGACUUCACAGCAUGUUUUCCCUGUAAGCACAUUCUGCCUUCAAAAUCUCUAAACUGGCUGAGACUGAACAAAAACACAGAGGGCAGAGAUUAUACCACUGAAAAUGCCUUGGUGGCUUCACGGUCAGUUAGAGCAAUGAUCCAGCCUGUGAAAUGAAAAUGAACAAUGUCAGUUGCCAAUAUCAACACAGGCAAAUACAAAAGAACCUUGUUAAAUGACUUUUCAAGGUGUGCCUGGAAACACAAUUGCGUGGUGGUGAAAGCUCUGAAUGCCUGUCCUGAUUUUGUGUGCUCUGAAGAAUAGAUCUGGAGGAAAAAAAUGUAAUGUGCAGAGAAUUUUUGUACUAGGUAUUUUUCCUUCGGUCGAUUAUUCUUUUUUUCUCUCCUUGUCUGCUUAUUUAUUUAUUUUCAUAAUUGACCCUUUGCUACGCUCCGCCCCUUGGUUACUGUUGCCAACCUGGUUACCCUGGCUUACUCCUUGGAAUGAACUGGAGAUGAACAGCAUGAUUAUUAGUGAAAAGUGCUCAUAAAGUGGUAAGAACUGAUUAGAUCUUAUUUUUAUAUAGGCUGAAAUGAAUCAUGACAUCUUUUUAUCUGCUUUUUUAAAUAAUGCACAUAGUAAUGCGAUUAAAAAGCUACAGAGACUGCAAGUGAAAAUCAAGGCAAUCACUUCUCAGUCAGCUGAAAAGAAAUAGCGAAUAAAUGAAAACAUCAGUGUAUAACAGAACUGUUCCUAAUAUUUACAAUAACUGUGGUACUUUUGAACACUUCAAUGACAUGAAUUUACAAUGACAUUGAUUGUCAAGAAAAAAAAAGGGAGAUGGAGUAUAAUAAUUACCAUUACAAUUCAAUUUAUAACAAUUAUAAUAUUCUUUCAUAUAAAAUCUCUAUUAGCGCUGCUAUGGUGUUGCGGUUCGAGAACGAGUGAAGAACUCUUGGCUAUGUUUUCCAAAUGCAUCAUAAACAGUGAGUAGAUCGUAAACCACCAGCACCAACAGACUCUAUGAUCUACUUACGCUUAUGAAGCUUUUACAAAAUGCAGUCCUGAAUGAUUCAAACACUCACUUAUAAUACUCAGAAAGACGCAACAGUCGCCGCCUUUGUAAAGAUUCAAGUGAUUAGGAUGAACCAAAUCAUACCCACUACUGUACUCUGAGUCAAUUCCACUCCAAACUUUGGAGUCAACCUUCAAUUCACAACGAAUCAAAGAGUCAAUUCUUUUUGGGAUUUGACUCCCAUUUCGAUCUCUAGAUACCUUUUUGUGUCACCUGACCACUGGCAACAAAAGAAUAAUGUGUCAAACCAGGAGGAUGGGGAAUGGAGUAUGGGAUAGCCGACUGAUGCCUAUAGGUAUACCAGUUGUGAUUUUGGCGGCCCAUUUCUAUGCUGCAUACUCAAAUUUUUGCAUCUCUGGAUGGACACAACAGUUGCUGACUGCUGAGGUAUGAUUAGUCAUAAGGCGGAGCUUAGCCAAGUGCCAAUUCUGUAGUUCUUCUGUUGUACAAGCAUUCACGAGCACACGUUCCUCUCACACUGGACAAGGCCAGAGUAAAAUUAGCCCUUCAGGCACCUCCCUUGAUACAGUGACAGCAAUAUGAUACUGAGGUACACAGGAUUAUGGGACAAAAGGGGAAGAUGUGAGAUGGGGGGUUGAAGUGACCACCUGCUGCUGUUCUUGACUGGGAUUGUGACAGUGGUGUCCGUUUUCUAAAACGGAGAUCCAUGCUGUUCUUAUGUAUGAUUUGUAACAGACUGGCUCUUCACAUGUUUGUGGGCCUGAGCGUUCAUUGUUCACACAGUGGCAGCAGGCUUGUUAUGCUGCAAUAUGUUCAGAAUAUUUUGGACGGUAAAUGACUGUGAUAGGAAUGUGCCUAACUGUUUGGCAGGUGCUGACAGCUCAUUCCAGGAAUAAAUGAACCAUACUCUGUUCCUGAUCUUUUUUAGAAAUUCAGAACUGUCUGUGAUGCUUGUGCUGCAUUUACCUUCACACUCUCUCUAUCUCUCUCUCUCAUAUAUAUAUAUAUAUAUAGUGUGAAGGCAUAUACAGUACAUACUACCAGUCAAACAUCUGGAAUAUUAGGUUUUUUAAUGUUUUUGAAAAAAGUCUCAUAUGCUCACCAAAGCUGCACCAAAUCAGCAUUUUGGAUUUCUGAAGGAUCAGUUGACACUGAAGACUAGAGUAACGGCUGCUAAAAAAUUCAGCUUUGCCAUAACAGGAAUAAAUUAAUGUUAAAUACAUAAAAUUUAAAUUGUAAUGAUAUUUCACAAUAUUACUGUUUUUACUGUAUAAAACAUGUGCUGCCUUGGUAAGCAGAGACUUCUUUAAAAAACAUUAAAAUAUCUUAUUCCAAUGUCUUUUCUUAAUUAUGACCAGUAGUAUAUAUCUGCACCCAAAAGGGAAAAUUAGGUAAUUGUUUAUCGUCAUGUCAUUCCAAACCCUUAUGGUUUCUUCUGUAGAAUGCAAAAUAAGAUAUUUUGAAGAUUUUUCUUUUUGUCUGUACAACACCAGAACUCCAUUUUUCUAAAUAUUUUAGUUUGUCAUACAGGUUUGGAACAACAUGAGGGCAAGUAAACAAUUACAGAAUCUUCAUUUUUGGGUAAACAAUCCCUUUAAGAUGAACGUACGGAAUGUCUGAUGAGAAUAUAGGUAAUAGGCAUAUAGUUAAUCGCAUACAUAAAAAGACUAAUUUAAGUUUUGUUCAUCUGCCAGUUGGGGUUUUGUGGCACCUCUGUGGAACACAUUUAUCUAUAUGAGUGUGAGCACAGGAGGAUUUGCUCUCAUCAGCUCUAUCUCUCUAUAAUCAGAGUAAUUACCCAAGAGAAGAGAACACAGAGGGGAGGACAACAGCUGUGUAUGAAAGCAUUCACACACAGACUCAUCCACCCUCCAGCAUUCCUCACAUCUCUCCCAAGGCCAUUCUGCAUGGCUGCUUAAUUUCACUCAAAGUUAUUAUUCGUGUUCGUAUGUAAACAUAGUGAGCGUGAGUGAGAGUGUGCAUGUUUAAACAUACCUCUACAUGAGUCCAGCUGGUAUAGUUCAUCAGUUAUUCUGAAAGAAAGAUACGCUUUGAUUUCUAUCCAGCACAGGAGGCCUGGACUGCUGGUUUCACUGACUUGAAAUGUCCUGUAAGACUCUGAUCACAAGAAUUCUUUGCUUGAAGAUGCUAUCAUUAGUAACAUUAAAGGGGUCAUGACAUCAUUUUAAAGGUCAUUUUAUGUCAGUUUUUAGUUUUUAUGACCAUUUUCCGCCUUCUCUCUAACAUGUUGAAUUUAUCAAGCCAUUUUGCUGCACUUUAGGUUUUCUGCGUAUGCGUCCUCUCUUUUUUUUUUUUUUGCAAAAAGAGUACCAGUGCUUACUUGUGUGUUGGGGAAUUGUUGUCUAAUAGAGUUGGCGCUGCUCCAUCUUUCAGUAACACUCUCUUUGCAAAGCCUGCAUUACAAUGUGACAGGCUCACAAAACAACAUCUGCGCACUUAUAGGUAAGGUUAGACUGAAAUGAUUGGGACCUUGGUAAAAUGUAACUUCAUUUCCUUUAGAAGGCCACGCAGAGUCUCAGAUGCCACCCCACAUCUUUUAUCAUACGUUUUGUGCCUUUUAUCAUUCAUUUUUUUACGCCUUUAGUUACUUUCUACAUCAAACUUUUUAAUUAGAUAGAUCAAGGAAAAAAUUGACCCCUUAACCAGAUAUUACGAAAUAGUGUAUAGAUCAUUAUUUUAUAUCUAUGUAAACCAUUAGAAAUGUAACUAAACUUUGAUUCACAUAUUUUCAUAUGUAUAUUCAUAUUUAGAAGUACAUCAACAACUUAUCAGUUAAGAAUAUAAUUGUUACUGACUUAUUAUUGAAAGUUUAAGCUUACUCUUAAUGAGUUUACCAAGCUAAACAGUAUGUAAAUAUUUCUUAUAUGCUUUUGGCAGUGGUAUUCCAAAUAUGUGUUUGUAUUAUAUUAUAAAAGAGUUAGUUUAUUAUGUUGUAUGACUGAACAUACAUCAACAAAAUGAACCAGACAUGACUAAACUGAACCAGUGGGACAAGUUAAAAUAAUGGCCAUUCACUUUUGCUUUCAAUGUUGUGCUGGCUUGCUCUCAUUUAUGUAUGCUUUUGUAAAGGAUUUUGUAUGCAUAUGCUUCUGUAUGCUUUGUCUAAAAUAUCUGUAUUCAGGCCUGUGUGUGCUCUGAAGGGAAGAGUUUGAACAUCUCCAUUUGGCAUUAGAAGUCGUGAAGCAAAUCAAGCAGGUUCAGCUAGUUAAGACAGAUCACGUUAAUCAUUUGUGACACACGAAAUGAGCCAUUGAAGUUAAUAAGCAGAGAGAAAGACAAAAGUCUGUGUCUCACAGUAAAGGGUAGAGCUAUUGAUGAUUGAGAGCUUGUUGAAAUUCCACUCAGUUUGUCUGGUCAGAUGUUGAGUUGUGCCCCGUCUGUGAAGCAGGGUUGAUCUUUGUUGCUCCUACGAAAGCUGUCAAAAGGAGUUACUCUAAGUCAAUCUGUCUUGCCACCCUCUUUUCUUAAGAAGGUUUUGGAGACUUGUGGCGAAUCUCUACAGAAUUCAUUGUUAUAUAUUCAGUGCUGUAGUUGACUUCGUGUUCUGCAUUUAGAGCUAAAAGUAUUCAUUUCAAAUAUACAUUUUAAAGUUUUAAUAUAUUUUUAUUUUAAAAUUAAUAGCUUCUACAUAUUUACUGAAUUAUUCCGUUCUUAGGGAUGCACACAGUGUAUCUUCAUCAUUUAAAAACACUAAUAAUUUAAAUAAACAUCAAAUGUAAUCUUUAGAAAACCUCAAAAUAAAUAUAGAUUUUUCAUUUAUAUUAUAAUGUUGUGAAAAAUUCACUUAUAGCAUUUGAAACUAUUGAUUUUUUUUUUAUUUAACUAAGAUAAAACAAACCAUUUACUUCUAUCAUCUGCCAUUUAUCAGUUUUAGCUUCAUAGCAAAAAAUAAUCAUUAGCUUAUCUUUAUUACAAUUUUAAUAUCAGUGCAUCCAUGCUAAUUUUAUGCAUUAAGCUAAGAACUUAUUGUAAAUGAAAGAAGUUUAUGAAACUGAGAAAACCAAAAUAAACAGCUCAAACUUGACAGACAGGAAAAAAAUUGACUAAAUAAAACAAUCAAUGGACCAAAUCAUUGAGUGAAUGAGGGAGAAAGAUGGAAGCCGAAGAGUUAUUUCUCCUUUUGCUCUUUGAUUCAGUAGCAACAUUUCUCCAAGGAACAAAGUAUACAGGGUAUGAUUGACAGCUAGACUACAAGAUGAUGCAUGGAAUGAUCCUGCUAAUACUAAUGAACUCAAAGAGUUCUGAGGAUCUUGAAAUAAGUCAGGGGCUUUAUAUGAGGAUUUUGUUCCUACAGUUCAGUGAGGUUGCCACUUCAAGGAUGGUUCUGAAUUAUAACAAUGUUUACAUUCUUUUACCUGAUCCUUUUGUGGAAUAGCAAGAUUGGAAGACGGUGGUCUUCCACUAGAAUUUUGGUAGUCAGUGCCUCUAUCCAACUCUCAAAGCCUUGUAUAUGCUAACCAGAUAAAAUAUGGAUUUUAAAUCUAAGCAGAACAGGUCUACGCAUGUCAACACCUUUCAAAAUAAGACCAAAAAAAAAAAAGCCUCAUUUUGAGUCAUUUUUAUUGUCUUUUGAAGAUUAAAUGUGUACAAUGAUUCUAAAAACAUUUGAACUGCAAACUUUCAAAUCAGUGCCUGAAUACAAAUUGUCUUUCUAAAGCCUGUCUUCAUAGUUAUUAAAUGGUGAAAUGUGUAGAUGUUCAAUUUAAAAGAUGUUACAGUUCAUCACUGAACAAUAAUGUUAUUAUUUCCCUCAAUGUGCCAUUUUAUAAUGGUUGUAUUGGAAAACCAGUCGCUUAUGCCCCUUUAAGUUGUUUAGUCAAGUCAGAAAUGCUAUUGUAAGUCAAAGUAUAAAUAUGUUACCUGCAUUUAAAGAAUAAACAAUAAAU